AUGACCUCCACAAUCGGCAUCCCCAUCAAACUCCUCAACGAGGCCCAAGGCCACAUCGUAACACUGGAAAUAACCUCCGGCCAAACCUACCGCGGCAAGCUCAUCGAGGCAGAGGACAACAUGAACGUCCAGCUCAAGGACAUCACCGUCACGGCCCGCGACGGCCGCGUCUCCCACCUCGAGCAGGUCUACAUCCGGGGAUCUCACGUCCGGUUCUUCAUCGUGCCCGACAUGCUCCGCAACGCGCCCAUGUUCAGGAGCAGGAACGUCAGGGGGAGGGGUGUCGGGUUGGCGAGGGGGAGGGCGACGGUUAGUAGGGCUAGGGCGAGCGGGGGGCCGCCUAGGGGGGGGAGGUAA